AUGGAUGAAAUAUCAACAUUAACUGCACUAUCAAUUAAUUUAGAUGAUGAAUUAUCUGAAUCUUCUUCAUUGAAAACGGCUAUAAAAGAAAUAUCCACUGAUAAUUCUAAUCUUCAUUCAUAUUUACAAACAGCUACUGAAGAUCCAUCAACAGCAACUUCUAAUUUAUGUUCUUCUAUUUUACAAACAGCUAAAAAUGAAUAUUCUGAUGUUCUUCAAAAUUUAGAAAGUUACUUGCAAACUGCUACAGAAGAACCAAUUACUGGAACUCAAGGUGUCAGUUCUUAUCUACAAACAGCCACAAUUGAACCAAAUACAGCUAUAGAUAAUAUUAAUACAUAUUUACAAACUGCUACAUUUGAUCCAUCAACUGCUGUAUCUAAUUCUUCAAUUUUAACAGCUGUAAAUGAACCUUCCACAAUUAUUAAACAAAAUUGUACUUCAAAAUCAUUAUCACCUAUGUCAAAAACAUCUAAUUAUACAUAUUCAAAAUAUUCAGCUUCACCAGCUGAAAUUUCUGUUAAUAUAAAUAGUGAACCAACUUCAGAGGUAAAUUCUGUUGCAGCAACAUCAACUAAUUUUGAAUAUUCUAAAUAUUCUGCUUCACCAGCAGAAAUAUCUGUAAACUUUAAUAAUGGAUUAAAAUCUGAGACUGGUUCAAUUGCUUCAACAACCAGUAAUUUUAAAUAUUCAAAAUACUCUGCAUCUCCAAUUGAAAUAAGUGUUGAACUUAAAGACAAACUAUAUUCAACUAACACUAAUUCAGAAUUUUCAUCAACUCAACUUUCAGAAAUGUCUGUUACAAUGAAUGGAGAAAGUUUCUAUUCUAUUGGUAUAAAUGAUACUAAAGAGAUUAGUGUUGAACUUGAUGAAGAAGAUUCACCAUUGAUAAAAGAAAUGUUCUCAUUUUUCAAAACAUAUCAUAAACAUCAGAAUGAUCCCUUCUAUGAUCCAAGUUAUGAUUUCUUAGAAAACGAUGAAGAUUUAGAUGGACAAAAUUUAGUUUUUUAUCCUUAUUAA